AUGGGCAAUUUAAGUGCGUCACACGAGGUGACAGCAGUUGGCAGUUACGAUUCACAGCUUGCAAGGAUGGACUUUGUCUCGACAGCUGAAGUUUGUGAUGCAAAUCCACAGCUUAUCGCGAGUGGUGAGCUCCGGGCACUCCAGCCAGUUUUCCAGAUAUAUGGAAGGCGCCCAGUGUUAUGUGGACCAAUCGUUACCCUGAAAGUAUUUGAAGACAAUGUUUUGGUUCGUGAUUUUUUGGAAGAGAAAGGUAAUGGAAGAGUUCUGGUUGUUGAUGGGGGAGGUAGUUUGAGAUGUGCAAUAUUGGGUGGUAAUCCUGUGGUGCAAGCUCAGAACAAUGGAUGGGCAGGCAUAGUAGUGAACGGGUGUAUAAGGGAUGUAGACGAAAUAAAUGGUUGUGACAUUGGGGUGAGAGCUCUGGCUUCACAUCCAAUGAAAGCUAGUAAGAGGGGAAUCGGCGGAGACAAACACGUACCUAUUACUAUAGCCGGGACCAGAAUUUGUGACGGAGAAUGGCUUUAUGCAGAUGCCGAUGGGAUUCUAAUUUCCAAAAUCGACCUGUCUGUUUAA